AUGGGUCUCUUCGAUUUCUUGCCCUGCUGUGGACCGCGGAAGGAUAAAGUGAGAGAUGUGGAAUCGCAGACACAGGAAACCAGUACACUCCUACCUCCGCCUGCAAGAGAAGAAUCAAUCAUCUCGGCUGACGGGCUGGUCGGAAGUUAUGGAGCUACUGAACAGGGUUUGACAGAUGAACAGAGGAUGAGGAUUGAAGCUAUAGGACGGGAAGUUGGAAAUCACAUGCUGCCCAUACACUCUCUCCCACCUGGAUCUAACCUCCAAAUACAACGGUCCUCACCAUCCUUACCUAAACCCAAUGGAGGAGCACCCUCUUCGAGAGAUUCUUCUCGACCAUCUUCACCCUCACCCAUGCGUCCAGAUACGACCCCUCCCGAUGGCAUACUGCGCUCACCCGACAGACCCGAAGGAGAAGGAGCGGAUGAUGGCGUAGUUAGGAAAACGCUGUUUGCUGGUGGAGGGAAUAUGACGGGUAGGAAGGUCAGUUCCAGGGGGAAGGGGAAAUCAAGAGGUGGAAAACCGCGUAAAUAG